AUGUUUCCUGCAAAAAUCAUUAUCCAUCAACCAGCCCAAGACCUGAAGAAGAGAGGCCCACCAAGAAAGUAUUCUGUUCAUGGAUUUGGCCUAUCUCCCUAUAAAAUUUCUGAAUCUCGUGGAGCUUCUGCUUCAGAAAAGCUCUCUAAGGAGACUCCUGGAAGGCCCCAGAGCUUUGGAGAAAAGAACCAACCACAAGAUUUAGUUGUAAGUAGCGUGAAGCUCCGGGAGUCCAUAAUUGGUGGUGGAACUGUGACUUAUGAGGGUCAAUAUGACAUUAUCUCAUUAUCAGGCUCAUUGUUGCUACCAGACGAUAAUGAUAGCCCUGGAAUAACGGGUGGUCUCAACGUGUUACUCUCUAGGCCUGAUGGAAGUAAUAUUUGUGGUAUUGUAGCAGAAAUGCUCAAGGAUCCAGUAGAGGUGCUCUUCUAA